AUGUGGCAAGCAACUUCGGUCCUGAUGGACCACACGUUGCCAAAGGUUAUUGGGAUGAAUCUCGCGACGGCGUCCCGUGACGAAAAACGACCCUCCGGCGUCGUGCUCAUUGCCUCGACCACUCCAGCGGCCUCGGCGAGCCUGCACGAGAACCUGAAGGCCGGUCAAGCCGUCAGGAGUUGUGCGGCAGUCCACUUCCAAGGCCCAUCCCCCCUCUUCAGCGACAUCAAGAGCGUCCCGGCUGCCGUCCCGCCCCUGCCAAAUGCUGGAGGCGUGCGAGGAGGCCGCCCCUCCUACGCGGCCAAGCAGGGGGGCGCCGACUUUAUGUUCGACUACGGGCUCGCCUUCAGCCUGCGGCCUGCUGGAGCUUUUGCUCGAGGCGGAUUCGGCUCGACGUGCAUCGGGCGCACCUGUGGCGGAAAGGGGGCGGUCUACGCCCGGGGGAGCGAGCCCUUCAUAUGGGAGCGGAAACGGAACCGGGGUGGGGCACUGAUCUGCCGAGGUGGAGGGGGCCACCUCCUGUGCUCGCGGUGCGUGGAGGCCGAGUAUGAAGCUGGGCGCCCCUUUGUUUCAAGCACGACCGGGGACCCUGUCCCCCAGCAAGAGCUGUUCACCAAGUACGAAGUGUUCCCCAAGACGAAAGAGCUUCGAGAGGUACGGCUAGGGGAGGUGGGAAGCGAGGGCGGCUACCAGUUUUUUGUCCAGAGGAGGGACCUUGCCGCCUGCCCAUACUGCCGCGAAUCUAGAACGGUUGCUCCAUUGAAGCGGGGGGUGAAGAGGGCGCUUGAAGAGGGGCCGAGCCCACGAGAGCUCGGCUCGGUUGCCCUCCUCUCGGAGCUUACCCGGAGCAAGAUUCCUUCGAUUGCCGUUGCCCCCGGCCUCUUCCUCGUGCCCCUGCUCGACGCCUCCAGUGGGCGCCUUCUGGAUAUUUCUGCCACAAAUCGAGGGCUCAGUAACGUCCCCCGGCUCGUCAAGGUCGACCACACGGGCAGCUUCCGGUGCCUCUGUGGAGGGUGCGUGGGGGGCGCCCUCCGUGGGGUAGAUGCAGAGGCGUGGAAGGGCGGGCCACAGCUUCGAAUAUUUGUCGUGAGCGAUCUUGAAGAGGAGCCCGUGGUUUGCGUGCUUGGAGGAGAGACAGCGCACUGCAGCAAUGUCCACUGCGCGGCGGCGGAGCGGUGCCGGCACCUCUUGAGUGUGCUCUCGAAGCAACCCUUACCCUUGAUCGAGCGCGCAAUUGAUGGAGGUAGGAGCGAGGCAAAUCGGGUCCUUGCUGAGAGACGCGCCGAGAGGGUUGCGCAGCGUGAAGCGGGGGCAAGGAGGCUCUGGGUGUGCAACGACCCCGUUUGCCGUCGGCCGGACUCGAAAGUGGCGUGCACCCAUCGAGAGACCCUCGAGCCUUGGGAGUGUCUCCCGGCAGCGGCGCUCGACACAGGGCACAGCCACAAGAAGGUCAACACGAUCAUGAGCCGAGGUGGUGCGUGUGUCGUGAGCCUUUGCGAUCGGUGGGGCGAGGAGGGCGUGCGGCGGCGGGACAAGGCAAAGCAUUUUUGCGCUCCAAGACCCGCCGAGGUGCUCUCGCCGUGCGGCCGACCAUGGCAGGUGGAGACCAGGAGGGGGGCACUCACGACGGCGGGGGCGCGCUACGAGGUCACUACCUAUCGGAGGGUGUGCCGCAUCGCCCCAGGACGGGAGGCCGCUUGCUGCUCGGUAAUGUACGACGGUCAGGAGGACGGCAUCUUCAACUUUUCCGGCAAUAAUCUCUUCUCCCACGGCCUUCUGCUCCACAACCACUUUGCCGCAGCCCUGGGGGCAGCCCACAGCCUCAACUUCGAGGCGGGCGACAUGGCCUCAAGAUGUCUUGAAGGGCCCGACGCCCCUAGGCUGGACGAUCGGGUGUUUGACGCCGCCAUGCAAGCCUUCAACGACCUGGCAGCACGCUCGAGGAUCCAGCACGUGUGCUCGCGCUCCGAUUGCGCGCACCUCUACACGAGCGAGGUGGAGGCGGCCGAGGCGGAGGCGCGUGCGACCGGCACUGACCCCCUGAAGCCGGAGCGAACGGAGGGGUUGACCUCGGAGUUAGCAACAUACGCUUUCGGGCGUGACAAGGUCAUCACCUUUGACGGAACCUUCUUUGCCAACUCGAGCACGAUGCGCGAUUCGGGCACCGAGGCGUCCUUGCACAGCAUCUGCGAGCCGGACCCCGAGGCGCCGAGGGUCGCUGGGGGUUUCACUCCUCUGAGUGUUGGCGGAGUGCGCCCGUCCAAUGUGCCGUUGGCAGGGGUCGACUGCCCUUGGAAGUAUCGAAACGGGCUCUCGGAGUUGCGGCCGGCCGUGCGUGCUCUGGCACAGAGGUGGUGCAACUUUCGAAAGGCUUCGGCCCAAGGAAGCAACGCGCCCCUCAAGCCGGAGGAGUUUGUUGCCAUGCGGGAGGGGCUUCCGGCAAACGUUGCCGCUCUGGUCGACCUCGUGACCGAGUCCGGGGCUUGUGCGGACCCCGCCACGUGUGCCGUCUGCCAGAGGGUCCCGAGACGGCCCUGGAUGCAAGGCUUCCUCAAGGACGGACCCGUGGCGCCGACCGGUUGGUGCCCGACUCACUUCCAACCGUACGGGGCCCUUCUGCACGCGCUGCUCAUCCCUCGCUACUCCUGGGUGUUUGGGCGUAUCGUCACCCUGAAGCUGCUGAGGCACUUGCUCCUCGAGGGCCCUCUCGACGCGCGAGGGCUGGUGUACCUCUCCAAUGACGGCCCCAUGCUGGCGGCCGUUCUUCGCCUCCAUCCAAUUGCCUGCGGACAGUACACCUUUCGAGCAACGUUGCGGCCGCUCGUUCGGGACAUCUACGCCACGAACCUCCUCUGCUUCGAGCCGAGCGCAAACCGGCCGGCGGGCCCCUUGUCGCGAUCGCCUCUAGCCGCCCUCCAUGAUGCAACCGAGCACCUCUGGGCAAUCGAAUGCGAGAAGCUGAGGCUUGCGGGUCAGCUAGAAGGGGCGGCUAUGGAGUAUGCCGAGCGACGGGGAGCAGCAUUGAAGGGGGCUGCCAACUCCUUCCUCUUCGAGUUGGAGGUUCGGGAGCCCCAGUGCUACGAAGAGGGCGGCUUCCUUCGAGCGCCGUCGACGACUUACGCGGAGCGGGUCAGCGCUGUUUCGACCUAUUCCUUCCACCCCCUGCUGUAUGGCCGGCCUCGGUUCGUUGAUUGGGAAGAUGGGGAGGGCCGCGGCAGACGGUCGACGGAGGAGCGGCUCACCCAGCACUGCAGCGCCCCAAACCCUCGAUCCUCUAAAGGGCGCGCCGGCAUGUUUAUUGCAUGCUGCCAAGAUCGGGCACCUCUCGGGUACCACUGGCUGAAGGGGGGCGAGUCUGUGUCGGACCUCGGCACUGUGCUGCUCACACGGUUCCCGUUCAAGUCGCUGCGGGGACUCACGAUCGUGGAGGACGCUGCUUGCAACGCGCAUGAGUGGUUCCUCAAUCGGGUGCCGCAGCUAGCCAAGUUCAUGGUCUUUGUUGUCGAUCGCUUCCACUCGGGGCCCGUCAGCUGCGCACCGUCUGGCGCGAAGCGCUACGCGACGCACACGUGCUCGUCGACGCUGUUCAUCGACUCCUUUGCGCAACACCGCCAGACGAUUACGACGGCCUCAGAAGGGGUGAAUUCUGGGUUGAAAAGAUGCGCAGCUAGCCUUCAGCAGAUCACGAGCAUCAGGAGGUUGAUGAGCCGUGUCACCACUAUCCUUGAUACGUUGUUUGAGCGGUCAAAGUACGCAGUCUAUUGA